UUUUUUUUUUUGUGGUAUGCGGGCCUCCCUCUGCCGUGGCCUCUCCCGUUGCGGAGCGCAGGCUCAGCGGCCAUGGCUCACGGGCCCAGCCGCUCCGCGGCACGUAGGGAUCCUCCCAGACCGGGGCGCGAACCCGGUUCCCCCGCAUCGGCAGGCGGACGCGCAACCACCGCGCCACCAGGGAAGCCCUGUCAAGGUCUUUAUAGUACUGUGCAGCCUUGGACAAAUAAUGAUUUGCCAUUAUUUUAAUCCUAAAAAGUAUGGGAUUGACUGUUUUCAUUUUUUUUUUUUUUUUUUUCGGUACGCGGGCCUCUCACUGCUGUGCCCUCUCCCGUUGCGGAGCACAGGAUCCGGACGCGCAGGCUCAGCGGCCAUGGCUCACGGGCCUAGCCGUUCCACGGCAUAUGGGAUCUUCCCGGACCGGGGCACGAACCCGUGUCCCCUGCAUCGGCAGGCGGGAUCUCAACCACUGUGCCACCAGGGAAGCCCUGAUUUUUUUUUUUUUUUUAAUGUCACACUUCUGCUGAAAAGUCCAUUUGGCUUCCCAUUGCCUUGGCAGUAAAAUACAACUUCUCAGCCUGGCCCCAGCCAAGGUGAGCUCCUGCUCUCCACAUCACCACCCCCUUGCUCACCAUUCCUGAAGCACACUGGGAAGUUCCACUGCCAGGCCUUUGCUUAUGCAGUUCCCACAUUCAGAAUGCUCCCCACCUGCCUCUCUCCUUACCCAAGUCCUACCCAUUGUUCAAGGCCCAGCUGUGACCUCUCUGCCUCUGUGGCCAGAGCGUGACAGUCCCUCUGAGUUCAGCCUUUUCUCUGAAGAUUACGAAGAACACUGAUGCCUCCUUUAAAUUGUAAUUAUUGCUGAGGGGUGGGAGCUUUUACUUUUGAACUUCACUGUGUCAAAGGUUAUAUUAUAAGACUAUAACAAGAGUCCUGUGAGCAGAUACUAUAAUUACUACUCCUGUUUUAAGAGCUGUAGUUCAGACUCAGAGCUGCCCAAGGGCACACAGCUAGCUAGUGGUGGAGCUACUAAUUAUAUAACGUUUACUUCUCUCUCCCACAAGACUGAAAUCCCAUGAGAGCACAGACCACAACUAUCUUGUUCACUCUGGUAUGCCUGACAUUUACCAAUUGCUAACUAAAUAUGUAUUAAAUGAAUAAUGCCUACAAGCACCUUGAAAUGUAAGUAUUUUCUUAAUAAAAUGGUAGCAGCAAACAUUUAGCCCACUUGCCAGGCUCAUACUAAGUGGUCCCAUGGAUGGUUCCGCUUAGUACCAGCAACCAUCCUAGGUGGUGGGUAUUUUAUAUUAUUACUGCCACAGGAAUGAGGCAACUUGAGCUUCCGAGGAGUUAAGUGAACUGCCCAAGGUCACACAGCAAAUAAAGAGGGUCUGACUCAGGCCUGCCUGGGGGCCCACAUUCCCCCAUUUUCAUCACUCACUACACUCCAUGCCUCUUCUUCAGGCUGCUCUGUACUAUUUCUCAGGGAAAGAAACUAACUGUGAACAGUGAGAUGACUUUCUCGGUGUCACUCAGCAAAGCAGCAAGUGCGGGCUCUGGAACCCAGGAACGGUCCACCUGUAUAUCCCCUCCUUCCCCAACCCCUCUCCCGCCAUCACUGUGAGCAAGUCCCUCGGGGUUUGUCUUGACGCCUUAUCCAGCACACUUGUAGGCACUGGGUGGGAGUUACUGGGUACAGCCUCCCGGAGGGUGGUGAUGAGGGAGACGGCCACUCUUUGCGGGGGUCCUUGAGUCACCUGAGGGACAGCCUGGCCGCCCCCAGACGAUGGCCCUGCCCACCACUGUCAGGGUCCCGGGCACUCACCGGAGCAGUGGAUGAGGCGGAGUGGGUGGGAACACAGUGAGAAGCUUAGCAGCUCCAUCCAGAUGCGAAUUGUCUCUCCCACACUUCCCGGCUGCAGGGGCCUCCAUUAGAGCCCCCGAGGAGUCAGAAUCCACACCUCCGCAAAUGGGCCCGCUUUCCCAGGGCGCCCCCUGCCCAGACCUUCCCUGGGCUCUGUGGGUUUUGACACCUCUCUGUAACGUGGCGGGGGGUCCACCUCGCACCUUUGGUCCAGAUAAAAGCUCAGUCCUGGAGGUGGCCGGCCCAGCCUCCCAGAGCCCGCAGCCCCGGCCAUGGCCCAGUCCCCUCCUCUGCAGGGCCUCCUCGGCCACGACCACUGGAUCUUCCCCCAGGGUUGGGGCUGGACCGGCCACUCGGACUCCACGUCCCCGGCCUCCUCCUCGGAUUCGUCGGGCUCCUGCCCCUGCGACCGUGUCCGCGGCCCCUCGCAGCCGGCGCCCCCAGCCCGCAGCGCCUCAGAGGCCGCCUCGACGGCACCAGGACGUGUGCGGACCCGGCCGGCAGGCGGGCAGCGGCAGAGCGCCAGCGAGCGUGAGAAGCUGCGCAUGCGCACGCUCGCUCGCGCCCUGCACGAGCUGCGCCGCUUUCUGCCGCCGUCCGUGGCGCCCGCCGGCCAGAGCCUGACGAAGAUCGAGACGCUGCGCCUGGCCAUCCGCUACAUCGGCCACCUGUCUGCCGUGCUGGGCCUCAGCGAGGAGAGCCUGCAGCGCCGGCGCCGGCGGCACAGCGACGCGGUGCUCCCUCGAGGCUGCCCGCUGUGCCCCGACGGCGGCCCCGCGCAGGCGCAGACGCAGACGCAGGCGCAAGGGUGCGGUCCUGGCUCAGCCGCUAGCGCCGCGGUGUCCUGGGAGUCCUCGCCCGUCUGUCCCGGAGCCCUAGCAGCGCCCGAGCGCCUGGGGAGCAGGGUCCCCGAUAUGGGUCCCUGGGUGACACCCCCUUACUGCCCCGGGAUGCAGUCGCCCCCGCAGCUCUCCCAAGGGAGAGCCCCUGACGCGGCCCGUUGGACGCCGCCCCAAGCCUGUUCCGGAACGCAGACACCCCCAGAGCCCCAGAACCAGGCCACGCCCUGGACCUCGCCCCCCGCGAUGGAGCUGGCUGCAGUGUACCAGGGUAUCUCUCUGUCUCCGGAGUCCUCUCUGUUGCCAGAAACCCUUCCUGUCCUGCCCCGCCCAGCAUGCCAGAGACUCCAGUCUGAGACCCAGUGGGGAUGCUGGAGCAGCAGUGCAGAGGUGCUGCCCAGCUCGGAGGACCAGGGACCAGGCCCCGCCUUCCAGCUCAGUGAUGAAAGCCCUCCCCAGAGCUCAGGCCUACAGCUCAGUGGCUGCCCUGAAUUUUGGCAAGAAGAUUUGGAGGGGACUCACCUGGGCAUCUUCUAUUAAUGGCCUUGGCUGCCCCCUUUCCAGCCAGGAAUCAGGCCUGUAGCGUGGGGUGUCCUCCUCACCUGCUACUUCACUAGUAUUCAGGCUUUGUUUUAGCCAAGGAUCCCUUUUCCAAAUGAUGUCUUUCAUGGAAGCAGUGUUUGAAACAGCUAAGGGUGGCCUCCCUGGCUGAAGUCGGGGCU